AUCAAUGAUAAGGCCAAUAAAUGAGUAUGAAUAAUGUUAUAAAGAAAUUAAAAUAAUUGGGAGAGGUUAAUUUGGUAAUUAGAAAUAUUCAAAAUAUUUAGGAAUUGUUUAUUUAAUUUAGCAUAAAUAAACUAUGAAGGAAUAUGCAUCAAAAAAAAUAAAUGGAGAAUGUUAGCGUUCAGAAUUAGAUAUUUUAUUUAAAAUGAAACAUCCAAAUAUUAUAAAUGUUUAUGAAUGUUUUAGAGAUGAAAACUAAACAAUUAUAAUAAUGGAUUAUUGUUAAAGUAUAUAUUUAUAAAUAAAAUCUUAGAGGGAGAUUUGUGGAAUAUGAUCUAAUAUAGAAUUCUUGAAGGAAAGAAUAGAGGAUAUACUUAAAAAGUAGUUGAAUAAUGGCUAGUGCAAUUAAUUAUGGGUUUGGCAUUUAUACAUGAGAAUAAUGUAAUACAUAGAGAUUUAAAGAGUUCUAAUAUUUUAAUUAAGGAUGAUGGACAAUUAAAAAUUGCAGAUUUUGGGGUUGCUAAAGUAAUAUAAUUAUUUAAUAGUAGAUUUUAAAAGAAGAUAAUAUGGCUAAAACAAUAACUGGUAGUCCUUUUUAUUUAUCACCAGAAAUCAGUUAAGGAUUAGGUUAUUCAUAUUCCUCAGAUUUAUGGUCUCUUGGAUGCAUAUUAUUUGAAAUGUGCACUUUAAAAAGAGCUUUUGAUGGACAAUAAUUUGAUUAAGUACUCCAAAAUAUUUAAUAGAGAAAAUUAUAACAAGAAAUAUUAAUUUAAGAUAAUAAAGAUCAAACAAUCUCAGAUACUAGAAAAUAUAGUUUAGAAUUAGUUAAUUUAAUUUAAUCUCUUCUUAAUUUAGAUCCAUCAAAAAGACCUUAAGCAAAAGAACUUCUUAAAUCUUCUUAUAUUGCUAAAAUUGUUUUAUAGAGUUUUGAUAAGAUUAAUUCUAAAUAAUAAUAACAUUUUCAAAAAAUUGGUCAAGUUACUAUGAUGUAGAAAAAAGCACAUGAAAAAAAUAAAAAACAAAUGAGUUAUGUUAAAUAACUUUUAGGAAACUCAUAGGAUUCAAUUAAUGCUUAAUCCUAAGUGUGUGAUUCUCAUGUAGAAUUUUUUAUUAAAAAAUAAACAACUAUUUGA